UCAGAAUUAUUUCUUUUUGCUUACAAAAUAUUAUCGAGAGCGACCAUGCCAGAAAUCUUCUUCUCUAAUUAUGAAGAAGAGAUGAAUCUGAUCAAGAAAACUCUAAAAAGUUGUGAUUUCAUCGCUAUCGAUACAGAGUUUCCGGGUUGUUUGAAAGAGACUCCUAUGGGCGCUACCGACGAGACUAGAUACGAGAAUCUGAAGUUCAAUGUCGAACGGACGAAACCUAUUCAACUAGGUUUCACUCUGUUCGAACGCGACGGAAGUAUCGGGGGUACGUGGGAGGUCAAUUUCAAGGAUUUUGAUGCGAGAACCGAUGCUUGUAACGAGAAGUCGAUGGAGUUUCUUAGACGCAACGGUCUCGAUUUCAAGAAAAUCAGAGAAGAGGGAGUGGGAAUCAAACCGUUUUUCGAAGAUUUGGGUCAGAUUCUCAAGGGGAAGGAGCUGAAGUGGGUCACCUUUGACGGUUCGUCCGACAAAGCCUAUCUGGUUCAAGGCCUGACCGGGAGAAAACCACUGCCCGAGACUUUAGAAGCUUUUAACCAAACCGUUGAGGAAACCCUAGGGCUUACUUUUGAUGUCAAGAAGAUUGCGGUUGAUUGCAUAGGUGUGUCUGCACGCUACGGUUUGCAGAGAAUAGCAGACGAUCUUCACAUCAAACGUGUGGGUGAUGCGCACCAUGCCGGCUCCGACAGCGAACUCACUGCCCGAGUGUUUACCGACUUGAUAUCCAGCAUAUCGGAGGAGCAAAAGAGAGAGCGUGAAGAGGAGAAACAGAAUGAAGAGCGUAUGAAACGUGCUGUGCUUAUUGUGCGCGAGGCGGAACAAAAGAGAAAGCGUGAAGAGGAGCAAGAGAAUGAAGAGCGUAUGAAACGUGCUAUGCUUAUUAUGCACGAAGCUGAAGAAGCUUUUGCGAUGGAAAGACGUGGUUAUGUUCGCGUGCAGCCAAGAUGUGGUUACUUACCGGUACUGCAUCCUCCACCACUGUCACCGAUUAUGUUCCAUCCUUACCCACCACAAUUUGCUGGCUACUUUGUACAGCCACAGAGUCACAUUCAUCAAUCUUUUUUACAUUAAAGCAACAAUGUAUAAUAAAUAGUAGAUUCCUUUAAAUACAGAUUA